GUGUGUGUGUUUCAGGACCCGGGCUUGUGUGGCUUCUAUCAAAGGGAAGAGCAGGAGUUAGUAUGCGGAGACAUGUAAGAUGGCAGAGCUGCAGAUGUUGUUAGAGGAAGAGAUUCCUGCCGGGAAAAGAGCUUUAUUAGAGAGUUACCAAAACCUAACCAGGGUCGCGGACUACUGCGAGAACAACUAUGUCCAGGCGCCGGAUAAGAGGAAAGCGCUGGAGGAGACCAAAGCGUACACGACCCAGUCUCUGGCCAGCGUUGCCUACCAGAUCAACGCCUUAGCCAACAAUGUUCUACAGCUGCUCGACAUCCAGGCCUCACAGCUUCGCCGCAUGGAGUCGUCCAUCAACCACAUCUCGCAGACUGUGGACAUCCAUAAGGAAAAAGUGGCUCGGCGAGAAAUCGGCAUCCUGACCACUAACAAGAACACAUCCAGGAUGCAUAAGAUCAUUGCUCCGGCUAACAUCGAGAGGCCGGUGAGGUACAUUCGAAAACCGAUAGACUUCAAUUUACUGGACGACGUUGGGCACGGUGUUAAGUGGCUAAAAGCCAAGCAACAUGGGAACAAUCAAUCAAUCAGAGGAGGAACGCUAUCGAGGACCAAUCCGCCCACACAGAAGCCACCCAGUCCGCCCAUGGCAGGGCGUGGCACUCUUGGGCGUAACACUUCAUAUAAAACUCUUGAGCCAGUAAAACCUCCCACAGUGCCUAAUGACUACAUGACCAGCCCGGCUCGGCUCGGGAGCCAUCACAGCCCAGGACGCACGGCCUCGCUCAACCAAAGACCAAGAACCCACAGUGGCAGCAGUGGGGGUAGCAGCAGUCGUGAGAACAGCGGAAGCAGCAGUAUCGGCAUUCCCAUCGCCGUGCCGACGCCCUCCAUCCCUAACUCUGGUCCAGUUAAUUCCAUGUUUGCUCCACCCCCACCUCCACCUCCACCCUUUUUUGGGGGCCCGAUGGCUUUAGGGCUCGGUCCAGCCCCCGUCUCUCAGUUCGGCACGAUAUCGCGUCAGAUGUCCCGCCACAACUCCACCACGUCGUCCAUGUCCACGGCUUCAGCCACAGGGACGUACAGGCGCGCGCCGUCUCUCUCCUCUCAGCUCCCUCUGCAGCACGCUAACGUCAACGGUGCUGCUCCGGCCGUCUUUACACACAACUCAAUGUCUGUUGCUCCCCCGCCUCCCCCCAUGCCUCAGCUCAUUCCACAGAUUCCCCUCACCGGCUUUGUGGCCCGGGUGCAGGAAAACAUCGCAGACACCCCGACUCCGCCCCCUCCUCCUCCUCCGGACGACGUGCCCAUGUUUGAUGAGGCUCCGCCCCCUCCUCCCCCACCUCCUGUGGACUAUGAGGAAGAGGAGGCGGCCGUGGUGCAGUACAGUGACCCGUACGCCGACGGAGACCCCCAGUGGGCCCCUAAAAACUACAUCGAGAAAGUGGUGGCCAUCUACGACUACGCCAAGGACAAAGACGACGAGCUGAGCUUCAUGGAAGGCGCCAUUAUCUACAUCAUCAAGAAGAACGAUGACGGAUGGUUCGAGGGAGUGAGCAACGGCAUCACCGGGCUUUUCCCCGGAAACUACGUCGAGCCCAUCAUGCACUACGCCGACUGAGGAGAACAGGAUUAGCUCUACGAGACGAGCAGGUCGAGGGGCGAGAGAGCUCCAGCUCCUGGGUUCAGGGCGUGUGGUGACAUCAUGAGGGCUGUGAUCAGAAGCGAUUUGUGUAAAUACAACGAGCCGGAGGUUUUAUUGUUUUUUUUUUUAUUUCCUUAAAUGUUUUUUUUUUAGUGGAUUUUGAUCUCAUCUCAAUGUUUUAGAUUUUUGACAACAUUUAAAAUCUUGUCCAAUCUGUUUCUUACGGAAGUCCCCAAGAGGCCGUGCGUUAUAAUAUUUUUUUUCUCUCCUGUUUUCAACGUAAAUGUUGUUUUUCCCGAUCUCGACGUUAAAAUCUGGUACUCGAUUUUCCCGGCGUAUUCGGCAUCGUGAGUAAAAACGCAACUGUUCGAAAUCGCGAUUACGAGAAAACAAGAACGAAAAAAAUUCCAACGCAUGACCUCUUAGGCCUUCCGUAGUUUCUGAUGAAUUAUUAUUAAUAGCACUGUAUUUCAUGCAGUCGUCACUCAGUGUCAAGAUUUCUUUUGUUUUGGUCCUGAUACUUGAAGGUAUUAUUGGCCAUUUUGUUUUAAUAGUUAAAUAUUAUCCAGUUUUUCCCCCUGAUCCUGAUUUAAUCUCUUUUUUAAUUUCAAUGAAGAUUUUUUUUCUGCAUUUUUAGACCGAACAGGGAAUUUCUUCUGUAUGUAUUUUCAAUGAUGCACAUAAAAAAACAGUAGAUUGCUUACGCUGUAGCUAUUAAAAAAAAGUAUUGGAAUCUAUGCUAAUCGAUAUACAAUCUGAUAUUAAUCAGCCAGAAAUAACUGCCAUAUCGGUCCGAGUGAUUUUACGACAACUUGUUACCUCCCUGCACAGACUAAUGAACAAAAUCAGACUCGUGAAACUGAUUCGGUGUCAUCAUUAUAAAGCCAUGGAAAUAUUGACAAUAAAUUUUUUGGUUUUUGUAAAUGA